AUGGGUGUUUACAUCGACACGUCUUAUCAACGGAUAAACCCCUCAUUGCCAGUGCCGCCUCCCACUAAGGACGGCCUCGUUGGGUUGGCAUGCCCCAUCUGUUUAUCAAACGGCCGGACCACUCCGAUGAAGUACAUCAAUUAUCUUCCGUCUGGAGCUUACAAAGUCGCUUGCGGCAUCAAGCCACGUCGAGGAACGCUUGGUCAUUACUAUCGCACUUGGAGUGGUGCGCAACUCAGACACGAGGUCGCAUCCAUCAACGCCGGCCAUUGGCCCCCAUUGGCUUACUGUCCUCCCAAGGCCCCCGCGUUACCAAUUUCUAAUGGACCAACCACAUCCAAUUCCACCCCAAAUGCCAGCCAGGAACUUUUCCAACAGCUUUUCCAACCUACCGGCUCGCAUACGCACCCGCUCACACCCAAGGUCAAGGACAGCAUCAUCUGUUGUGGAGUUGGAGGCCAGACCGGGGCCAGCCACAAAACGCGUGAUGGGCGUAAAGGCAACAAGAAGUGCCUAUACCAAGCCUGCGCUUCGUGCUGCAUCUCAUUAGGUCAACCAAGUCGCCCAUGCCCUGCCAAGGGUCACUCAAAAAAGGAAGAGGCACCCAUGCAGGCCUUCACCGGGGGUGCCCCUGCCAUCCAUCCUCCAUUCAAGCCCUCGUCGUCAUCCAAUUCAAUUUUCCCACCAAAUCCCUCAUUGUCAUCCAAUAAUCCAGCAGCAGCAGAGACAAGUGCAAAUGGCUCCCACCCAGCCUCGCUACCAACACACAAACGCAUCCCGCUUCAAAGUGCACCAACCGGUGGAACACUGGCUCAAGAAUUUAGUGACAUACAGCUCGCUGCUUUCUUUGAAUUGCGAGAGGCACGGCUUCAAAGCAUUUCUCGUACUCAACAAGUCGAAGCCAACGAGUCCAAGACAGUCAGUGUCAUUGCAUGGCUCAAGCCGAAUGAAGAACCCGAUAUGUUCACCUUUGUUGCCACGAAGUGGCCAAGCUUCUCACUCCAGCAAUGUCAAUUCCUAGUCAACGAGGCCGCCCUUGUCGAAGGUCACUCCAACAGCACCUGGUGCCGUGCUCUUUCCGUCUGGAAACACAAUUUGAAUGUAUGGUGCACCACCCCAAUAGACGUACCAGCCCGACAUCCCAUUUUCCCGCGCACAAUACUUGUAAAAGCAAAGAACCUUCUACAUGAGCAAUGUACCCGAUUUGACUGGAUGAGUAGGACUACCUACGAGACUGCUGGUCCGGAUUACACUCCUAUGUUGCCCGAAACACCAAAGCCAACACCGAGUGUG